AUGGUAAACAUGAAAGCAGCCCUUGCCAUCGCGUUGGUGUUCGUCGGUUGCUGUAGCAACGUGGUGUUUCUCGAGCUGCUGGUCAAAAUCGAUCCAGGAUCGGGCAAUCUGAUCACUUUCCUGCAGUUCCUUUUCAUUGCACUCGAAGGUUUCCUGUUUACAUCGAAAUGUGGCACGGUACGGCCGCGAAUCGGUCUCAAGGACUACACCAUCCUGGUAGUGAUGUUUUUCGUGGCGAGCGUGUGCAACAACUACGCGUUCGAUUUCAACAUUCCCAUGCCGCUGCACAUGAUAUUCCGGGCCGGUUCGUUGAUCGCGAAUAUGGUCAUGGGCAUACUGAUAUUGAAGAAGCGCUACGACUUUUCCAAAUAUCUUUCCGUCGGUAUGAUAACACUUGGCAUCGUGAUCUGCACGAUCGUGUCCGGCACGAAGGUGGAAAGCACCCAGGUCCUGAAGAAUGCUGCCGACGAGGAUCCGGUAUCGGUGUUCUUCUGGUGGACACUUGGCAUUGCCCUUCUCACGCUGGCGUUGUUCGUGUCCGCACGGAUGGGACUUUACCAGGAGGUCCUGUACAAGCGGUACGGCAAACAUCCGAAGGAAGCCCUCUUCUACACGCAUCUUCUACCGCUGCCAUUUUUUGCACUGCUUGCUGGAAACAUCUGGGAGCAUAUCCAGUUGGCAAAUGCUAGCCCGUUGCAAAAUAUUCCAGCGCUAGGGAUAUCCCUACCGAUCACUUGGUUGUAUCUUCUGGGUAACGUACUAACGCAGUAUGUGUGCAUCAGUUCAGUGUACGUCCUAACGACCGAAUGCUCCUCGUUGACGGUUACGCUAGUGGUAACGUUGCGCAAGUUUGUCUCGCUGCUGUUCUCUAUCGUGUACUUCAGCAAUCCUUUCACCAUACAGCAUUGGAUCGGCACGAUACUGGUGUUUGUUGGCACGAUUAUUUUCACCGAGGUAGUUGGAAAGAUUCUAGCUGCACUGCAGCCGGCAGUGGACGAGAAGAAAAAGGUAAAAUAA